AGGGCCCUGCACAGCUUCAGGGAGCGCGAUGGGACAUUGUUUGUUGUGUUGGCUGGGCCUGUGGGCCGCUCUGCCCCUCCUGGCCUCUGCUGUGCGUGACCCGGAGCCGGCCUGGAGGCUGCCGUGUGGCCCGCCCGCUAUCAGCAGCACUGACUGUAUCAAGCGGGGCUGCUUCUUUGAGUCACCGAGCCUCAGUGGGCAGCCGUGUUUCUACAACCUGAGAGAGAGCCCGGUGUGUACAGCAGAUGGCCAGUUCAUUGUAGCAAUCAGCAGGAACCUGACCCGUCCUGCCCUCAACCUGUCAUCUCUGUACGUGAAAGAUGGGCAAGAAGCUGAGUGCAGGCCUAAGCUCAUCACAGAGGAACUUGUAGCCUUCCGCUUCCCAAUUACCUCUUGUGGCUUGACCCAGCGGUGCAAGUACAAGGGGGAGCAUGAGGCUGGCUUACAAAUCAAUGUCUCAGUUUACACACUCGCUCCACCAGCUGCUUCUGAAGAUGGGAUCCUGAGGCUGGAACUGCGAAUAGCAAAAGAUGGCAACUACAGGCUGUGGUACAAGGACAGUGACUACCCCAUUGAGAGGAUCCUUCGGGAGUCGGUGUUUGUUGAGGUUCGUGUGAAGGAUCGCACUGACCCAAUGAUUGUGCUGAGAUUGCGUGACUGCUGGGCAACCCCUGUGCCAGCCCCUGACCAUGAGGUGCAGUGGAGUCUCCUGGUGGAUGGGUGCCCCUAUGAGGGCGAUGACUACCUGACUGCCCUCCACCCAGUAGAUGCCUCUUCUGGCCUGCAGUUCCCAGCCCAUCACAAGCAGUUUGAAGUGAAGACCUUUGUUUUCUUGGAUGGAGUGUCUGAGCAGCCCCUCUCUGGACAGGAGAACAGCCAGUCUAAGCAGCUGAAUGAGAAUGGUGCUGCUGGAUCUCCUGUUGUGAUUGGAGUAGCCAUUGGGUUUCUGGUGUUGCUGUUGGUGGUGAUGGCUGCAGUGUACAGAAUGAAGAAGCCAGCCCUGGAUGCCCAGUGUCACAAGAUUGAACUGUAG